AUGGCCUCGCGCCGUCGCGCUGCCAAGAAGGGUGUCUCCUUCUGCCUCAUGGUCGUCGGCGCGUCCGGCACGGGCAAGACCACCUUCGUAAACACCCUCUGCGACUCCGAGGCCAUUGGUCACAAGGUCAGCGACAACCCCGAAACCGCCCACAUCGAGGAGGGCAUCCGCAUCAAGCCCGUCAACGUCGAACUCGAAGAGGACGGCACCCGCAUCGGCCUCACCAUCGUAGACACUCCGGGCUUCGGCGACAACAUUGACAACGAAUAUGCCUUCUCCGAAAUCGUCGGCUUCCUCGAGCGACAGUACGACGACAUUCUCGCCGAGGAGUCGCGAAUCAAGCGUAACCCGCGCUUCCGCGACAACCGUGUGCACGCCCUCCUCUACUUCAUCACGCCCACCGGUCACUCGUUGCGCGAGAUCGACAUUGAGCUCAUGCGCAGGCUCUCGCCGCGCGUCAACGUCAUCCCCGUCAUCGGCAAGGCAGACUCCAUGACGCUCACCGAGAGGCAAGACUUCAAGAAGCGCAUCAUGGAGGACAUCGAGCACUACGGCAUCCCCGUCUACAACUUCCCCUACGACGUCGAGGAGGACGACGAGGAGACCAUCGCAGACAACUCGGAGCUGCGCGGCCUCAUGCCCUUUGCCAUCGUCGGCUCCGAGGAGGACGUCUUGGUGAACGGCGAGCCCGUGCGCGCGCGCAAAUACCCAUGGGGCCUCGUCGAGGUCGACAACCCCAAGCACUCGGACUUUGCCCGUCUUCGAUCCGCGCUGCUCAUCACACAUCUCAACGACCUCAAGGAGAUCACGCACGACUUCCUCUACGAAAACUACCGAACCGAGAAGCUCUCCAGAACCGUCCACUCCGACUACGCCGACACCUCCAUCCCCGGCGAGGAGCUUGCUAACCAGUCCGUCAGGCUCAAGGAGGAGCAGCUCAAGCGCGAGGAGGACAAGCUCAAGGAGAUCGAGCUGCGUGUACAGCGCGAGAUCCAGGAAAAGCGCCAGGAACUCCUCGCAAAGGAGGAGAGCCUCAGGAACCUCGAGUCGCGUCUCCAGGCGCAGAACAUCGCCGAGUAA